AUGGCAAUCGAUAGCUCUGCAGAGGAGCCGCUUCUGGCGGCAAAUGCGCAGGACCAGCAGCCCGACGACGACGACGCGCGCUCCAGCAAGUCCAAGAUCAACACCAAAGCAGUCGCUCUCAUCUUCCUCUUCGUUUUGGUGUCAGAUAUCGGGUAUUUUAUCAGCAUCGCCCCCUUGACGCGUAUCUACGAGGACAUAACCUGCCGACGGUACUUCCAGGAGUCGGGGCAGACGCUCUUCCUCAAUGGCACCAGCGGGCGUCCUGACGAGGCGCAGUGCAAGAUACCAGAGGUCCAGGGACCUGUGGCCGAGUUGUUUGGCUAUCAAACGUUCCUCGACUCGCUGGUAGGGAUUUUUCUGGGGCUGUACUUUGGAGCGCUGGCGGACAGGGUUGGACGACGACCCAUCUUUACUAUCGGUACCGUGGGCGCGUUUCUGUCGUCUUGCUGGACAUUAUAUGUCUGCUGGAUGGAGUUUCCGCUGCGUUAUGUGUGGUUCUCGUCCACGUUUCUCAUACUGGGCGGCGGGAGCACCGUGGUGAAUGCCUGCCUGACCAUGAUCCUCACAGACGCCACGCCGGCGGCAUCAAGGUCGAGGGUGUUUCUUUACUUUACAGCGUCGAAUUUAGGAUCCGAGGUCGUUGCGCCUCCAAUUGCGUCGUACUUUAUCGACAGCAACCCGUGGGUGCCGCUCGUGAUUGGGCUUUGCUGUACUGGUUUGACAGUAUCUAUCGCUGCCAGUGUACCAGAGACGUUGUCACCGAAAAGAAAAUCGGCAGAGGCUAUCGAUAACCCGGACGGCCCUACUGAGGAGGAUGUGCUACACCCGACAGAGGUGCCUGCAAAGGACAGCCCGUUCAAGGCGACGAUCAAGCAUACGCUACAGUCGCUCAACUAUAUCAAGAGCCAGCACGCAUUGUUUCGUUUGGUCUGUGUCUUCAUGAUCUCAGACUUUGCCAGGCAGUCGAUGCUGUUCUUGGUGCAGUACGUGUCUGUCCGAUACCGGUUGACUCUUGGACAGGCAAACUAUUUACUCUCGUGGAGAGCAACGGCAGCCAUAAUAUUAAACACAACAGUCUUGCCUGCGACAGACAAGUUGCUGCAGGUCAAGUUUCACAUACCGCCUCGAAAGAAAGACUUGAUUUUGGCCCGCAUGUCGAUUUGUUUUUUCACCGCUGGCUUUCUCGCGUUGGCGUUGGCGCCGACUGUGGCGAUUGUCAUCUUUGGAAUCGGCCUCUACACUCUCGGAGGGGCAUUUGGCACCUUUAUGCGGUCCAUGAUAAGCACCAUGGUAGAGCCGCACAGGCUGGGAAGCAUAUACAGCACACUGUCCAUAAUGGAUACAGCCGGGGCGUUGGUCGCCGGUCCGAUUCUCGCCCAGGCGCUGAAAUGGAGCAUCAGCUUUGGUCAUGGCUGGAGCGGACUGCCGUACCUGUUUGCUUCAGUUCUCUGUGGAGCGGGCACUGUAGUUUUGUUUCUAGCAAAGCCCUGCUAA